AUGUUAAGGGGCUUGAUCGAGAUCAACCGGGUUCACCACUUACAGUCUAUCCAUGAAACCGUCCACGGGUUCUUCGUAACAGGGGGCUUAACCAAGCCGAGGGUGGGAGAGAACCUGAGACUCGUCGUUAUCGACGAAACACACUAUAUGGACUGGCUCGAGGACUACAUCCGCUUUCUUCCUCAUUACACCACCGAGGCAAGGAUGGAAGCCGUACUGCCCAACCAACUCAUCCAUUCCGUAGACCGGGUCGUCCAGAUUAUAUCGAGGAGGCGUAUUUCCGCUAGUCUGUCCGGCGUAGGAUUUGGUGCUAGAGCCUAUAAAGAUAUUAUCAAGGAGAUUAACAGAGACAGACUGGGCCCGCAUAUCCUCAACAACCGGCAUCUGAUCUCCUGCUGCGUUAGCACCGCCCUCCUCUGCAAUCGCAUUCUCCAUACCCUUGAGACGAACCAGGCACCCCAUGCCAUGCCCUCGGCUGAUUCGGCUAUGUCUGCCAUCUCACCAGACGAUCGACCCUGGAGUAAAUCAGAUUACAGGACUGCCUUCUGGGGCGGCACCCUCAUUCAAAGUGAUCCCAACGUUCUCGAGCCCGUAGCACUCCAGAUUCGCCAGAGCCAGCAACGAGACGCCAUGAUCAAGCUACAUCGGCUUCUCUCGAGUGGCAUAUCCGUGCAGUCGAUAGAUGGCGAAGGGAACACCCUCCUCCACGUUGCUGCAUGGCAAGGCAUGCCAGAACUCAUCGAAACAAUCUGCGACUACGGCCACCCCAUUAACAUUCUCAAUAACUAUGGCAUGACGCCCGUCUGCCUUGCCGCUCAAUGCGGGCACAGUGACGCCGCGGCACGCCUCCUCGCCCGCGGCGCCAGCGCAUCUCUCCCCGGGCCCGAGGGAUGCACCCCGCUCCACCUGUCUAUGGAGACAACGAAUCUCGCCAUGACCAGGCUCCUCAUCGCCUUGGGCGCAUCGGUAUCGGCCCGAGACGUCCUGGGCCAGUCCCCGUUCCACGCGGCCGCAAAGUACAACGUGCCCGAGGAUAUCAUCACGAUUUUGGUCAACUACGCGCUCGACGACAACCUUGUCACGUCCAUAAUGAUUGCCAUCUACUACGGUCGCAAUGCCCUACACUGGCCGGAUCCACGCGCCCGAUGGCCGGGCCACAAGACAAACUAUGUCAAGAUGAUGGAGUCGCGGGUUGGGUAUCGGCAGCAGUCUAGUUCUGCCGGUGGCCAUCCGGCGGCCGAUUCCGGGCUACUGUCACGCUGGCGUCCUCCGCCUGGCCCUCCGCCUAGCAGUCCACCCAGCCCUCCCCCCAGCCCUCGCACUAGCGAAGACGGACAGCCUGUAGAUACAUAA